UCUAAAACAUGCAUUCUAAAACAAGAAUCAGAGCAAAACUUCAGGUUUGUUUUUAAGAGGGAUUAACUUUAAAACAUGACAUAAAGCUAUUAAAGCCAAUUUUACACAAUUCUGCCCCUUUAAUGCAUGUUGUGCUCGGUGUUUAGAUCACUGAUUGCUCUGGGAAAACAAUGAGUAGGUACCAUAAAUAGUAUUUGGUAUAACGCAGCAUCAUUUCAGUCUAUGAUUACAUGUAUUUUUUACUCUUUUACAUAAAUGUUACCAUGUAUAUUUCUGUGGAAGAGCAGCUGCAACAUGUCCAGACAUGUGGUGAGCGGGCAGCCAAAGAACCGGGUCAGAGAGGCCGGAGCCUGGAGCACCGGACUGUGUGAGUGUUACAAAGACAUCGGAGACUGCUGCCUGGCCUGCUGCUGCCUCCCGCUGUUUACCUGUAAGGUAACGAGUGCGGCCGGCGCCUGUCCCUGCCUGCCUCUGCUGGACUGCAUCAGCUGCGUUCCUCCGGCCUCUCUGGCCAUGAGGGCUUCGGUCAGGGAACGCUACGGCAUAAAGGGAAGCGUGUGGAGCGACUGCCUGUACGGAUGCUGCUGCUACACGCUAUCUUGGCUUCAGAUCUCCAGGGAGCUGAAAAGAAGAGCAGCAUCCCACGCCGCCUCCUCUCCGCCGGCCUCCUCCGCAGCCAGAUACACUGCUCUGACCUCCCUGCAGGGGGCGCACUUGGUCUAGACGCCUAGAGGAAGCUUUCUUUCCCUGGUGGCAGAAAGUCCAGGAGAGGAUUUAAUAAUCACACUUCAUUUGGCCUGCAGGGACAAAGCAGACUAAAGUCCAGUUUGUUCAAAUUAUUUAAACUUUAUUUAAACUCUUUAUGUUUUUUCUAUACUGUUUGGAUUCACUAUAGCAAAAAAAUGUUUUCUUUGGUCAAACUGUCUCUAAAUAAAUAUUACUUGUGAAUAUGUUGCGUAAGUAAUCUGCAAGUAAAUAUUUAGCACUAUUUUUGAUCCUAGUAGCAGGUUUUUAAAAAUGUUCACUUCAUUGCUUGCUGGCCUGAAUCAUCAGCUAUUUCUGUGGUUCAGUUUGUUCUUCAGGGAUUUGUUCUGCUCAGGAAACUUACAGUAGAAACUGUUGUUUUUAUUUCAGUAAAUUUUUGUUUGCUUAAUUAUUAUUUUUUGCCUCGGUUUCAGUUUGCACUCCAUGAAGCAUUUCUUUAAAGGCUUAAUGAUUGUUUCCAAUCUUUUUGCUUAAGGGGAAAAAAGACAAGAUAAAUGAAAAUGCAGGAAUAACUAAAUGUGUCUUUCUUUUUUGUUUGUGGUUUUUACAGGUUAAUAACGCCGCAGGAUAGCUACUGCAGAAAGGAAGCAAAUUAGAACUACUUUUAAAUAUUCCUUAAAAAUUAAUAGAAUUGUUUAUGAUACACUUAUUGAAUAAGGGUGCAAAUAAUUUUUAUAAAAAAUAAAUUACAGAAGGAACGACAAACUUUAAAGUAAAGCUGUAAGUAAAUCUUCACUUGUUAGUUUAAUGCGUAGAGCUAGCAUGACAGCAGCUAGCAUGACA